AUGAAACAGCCAAUUGAUGAGGAAUCCCUACACCUAUAUCUCGAACAACAUGUCCCGGAUGUUCAGGUUCCAGUAGAGGUCCAGCAGUUCGGCUUCGGAAACUCCAAUCCUACAUACAAACUCACGGACCGCCGAAGGCACCAUUUUGUGCUUCGCAAGAAACCUCCGGGAAAGCUGCUGACUACGGCGGCACAUCGGAUAGAUCGCGAAUAUCGAGUCAUUCGUGCCUUGAACGGAACAGAUAUUCCAGUUCCAAGGGUUUAUUGUCUCUGUGAAGACGAAAAUGUCAUCGGUACACCGUUCUACAUCAUGGAGUUCCUUGACGGUCGUAUUUUCCAGGACGCACAUAUCCCUGGAGUGUUAUCUUGGGAGCGAAAUGCAAUGUGGAAGGAGGCAGUUCAAACACUCGCAAGACUUCAUUGGGUAGAUCCCAUGGCGGUCGGGCUCAGUAGUUUUGGUAAAUCACAUGGCUUCUAUACACGGCAGAGAAGGACGCUGGAAAGUCUCGAUAAUUCAUAUUCAAAAGUAGUCGACAUUGAGUCGAAGGAACCGGUUGGCAGGACACCUGGCAUGGAUGAAAUGCUAGCAUACUUCGGGGAUGACCAACACCAGCCACAAGACUGUGCCUCCAUCAUACACGGAGACUAUAAGAUCGAUAAUCUCGUGUUUCACAAGACGAAGCCAGAAGUAAUUGGGAUAUUGGAGUAA